UCACACACACCCUUUAUAAAUUCAAACUCGUUUUCAUACUUUUCAUUACCAUCUUCUCGCACAAAAACUAACUUUCGUUUCUCUAAUUCACAAGAAGCAAAAAAAAAAAACUAUGGAGGAAGUUAUCAACGAUCAAUCAUCCGUUGAUGUUACUGGGAACUCUGGAUCGAGAUCUAAACUUCUGAGGUAUCCGUUGCGUUCGUCUAACAAAUCAAAGGAACCGAAGCCUGACGCAUCUAUUAGCACCAAUCCUUCUGAAUCUAAGAGGGGAAGAAAUACUCCCAGUGUAAGCAAAAGUGUGGGAGUUCUUGAUUUCUCUGCCAAUGGGAAAUCCUCAAGUGCUAAACCGCCAAGAAGGCUCUCUAAUCCUGUCAAAGCAUCUCCCACUCCAAGUCCAAAGGCGGUUGCCAACAUAACCCCAAUCUCAGAGACAAGAUCAAGGAAGUCUGGUAAUGGCCAAGGGCCUCAAACCCGAGUCCAAACACCUGUUUCUGACAUUUUUAGAUCAACUGCUCGGAAGUUUAGUCUCUUGUCUUCUGCUUCGUAUUGGUUGAACCAAAUUAAGCUAUCUGAAAGUGCUGCCAAGCACACUAUUUCACUCGGUUUCUUCAAAUUAGCCUUGGAGGCAGGAUGUGAGCCCUUCCAGAAAUUACAAGAUGAGCUGAAGUCCUACUUGCGCAGACACCAGCUUGAUGAACAUGGGGAACUAGCCAAAGAACUGGUAGAAAGCUAUAACAUUGCAGAUAUCAUAGAACAACCUCAAGUUUCUGAAAGCAUUUCACAGAUGCCAGAAGAGGGAGCUCGAUCUACUGAUGAUGAAGUGCAAUAUUCCUCUUCUACCAUGGGUGCUGGUAAACUGACCCCAAAAUGCUUAAACACUGAUUCUCCUCAACUUACUUCGCCUCCUGUUACCUUCAUAGAGCCAACCAAGAAGGAAACUAACCAAAAGAAAAAUCUUGGAUCCAAGUUGAGAGAAAAUCUCAAAAUGACCUCUGCAAAUUCAAAAUCUGCUUCUGAUAUCAGGAAUAGUAGGUCAGUUAAAAAAUCCGAGAAGCCUAGUAAGCUUGAAACCAGUAAGAGUGGAGUCAAGAAACGUGGAAAGAAAGCUGAUGCUAAAGAAAGUAAGCUUGAUGAAGUUUCUGUUAGUCCUACUACAAGUGCUGGAGAAAAAGAAAACAUGGAUGUUCGGUCCUCGGAUGGUGAUUUGAUUGAAGUUAUGUAAACAAUGCUUUUGGGCUUGCAGUUCUGAAUUUUGCCAUUCUCAAACUUUGUUUGGUCGUGUAUAAUGUUCUGUGUGGAGUUUGCUUGAUCUUUAUGGGAUUAAAGAUGAAAAAUUGAUUACUUCUUCUACAAUAUCUUAAAGAAACCAAGCUGUAUUGGAUGUAAUGGAUUGUCAAUAAUACUCUAUAGUUGAUUUUAUUAUCUUUGUGAAAAACUACAAUUUGAGAUGAUUGGAUUGUGAGUUUAUCA